GAUCUGUGGUCCAGAACGAGAAAGACGGGCAGAAGCAAUCCGAGAAAAUCGUUGUCAUCGCCAUCCGUCAUCCGGGACUCCGAAUUUCAGACCGCUUGCCCACGGCUCCGGGAGUUCUUGCCAGCGGCUCACUUGAGAUAUCAGCUCGCCGGGUGUGGGCGCAUUCGACGGAGUGGAUCAGCCCGUCAUCAUGACCUCACGCGAGGAGAUUCUGGCCGAUUUCCAGGCUUGCACCGGAAUCGAGGACGUGGAAAUGGCCAUCACACAACUGGAGGACGCCGGAUGGGUUCUCUUGGACGCCGUGAACAAGGCCUUGCCUCCGGCUCCAGCUCCGCCGGCACCGCCCGUGGUCGAGCCGAUGAAUACAGCUUUCUUGGGGGCCAGUUCGGACACACCCAUUGAUGUGGAUAGCGAUUCCGGCACACCGCCUCAGUCCAUGAUGCCGGUACGCCCGCCUCCACCGCCCAUUCCUUUACGGACGGAUGCGAGUCAAGGCCCCGGGGGCAGCAACGACUCGUCGGGGAGCUCCGUGGGUGAUAUGACUAGGGUAUUAAUGACGGACAUUCUACUAGGCGGUGGUAUAGGCGUGGCGGAAGAUUUAUAUCGAGGCGUGGCCGGGCCAUCCAAUUUGAGCAAUGCCCGGACACGAAUGUUGGAUUUCUACGUGCAACACAACGACCGGACAUUUCAUCUCAAGGUGCCCGAUAAUGAGGAUGUGAAAACGUUGAAGACGCUCAUCCAGGCCGAAACCAAUUGCCCACCGUGCCAACAGACCUUGCGUGGAUUGAACGGAAAUAGCGGUCUCUUAGUCUCCAAUCGAAGGAGACUCUCAGAAUUGAGUCUACCCAAAGAGAACUUUCUCCAUUUAAUCACGCCCAGUGCCCUCAUGGACACGGACAAUCCUGAGUCAAAACCAGCCGAACCCGGAGAUUUCAAACUACAUAUCCACUGCAUACCUCAGGCCAAGACGUACGAUCUUAAUUUCAGACCAACACAUAGUGUCCUGAAUGUCAAACUGGACGUGGCUAGUCUUACCAAUAUCUCCGUGUCCAGACAAGAGUGGACGGGGUGGCCGGUGGCGAUCAAUGAUGACUUGAGCUUGGCUCAAAUCGGCAUUCCCCAGGACCACAAACUCACCCUCGACAGGAAACCUGGUCCUUCAGAUAUGCCCAUUUUGGAUGGCUCAGUGGCCUCAUCGUCGACCUCGACGACUCAGCGCCAAUCAACCAGCAAUCAUUCGGGGGGAUUGGGUGAAUCUGAAGACGACUUCGAGGACGCCAUGUCGGAACCCGCCCAUAUGGAAGACGACGAUGACGACCUAUUUGAUCCUGCCAAUUUAGGGGCCGCCUCCAGCAAACGCCUUCAGCCACUCAUUCCAGAUGACUAUGGGGACAACGUAAUGGCUUCCUUGAAGUUUAGUGAAGAGUUCACAGCCCGUUAUGGCACACCUCACCCUGGUUUCUUUCCCGGAACCCUCGAUGACGCCAUCAAAGAAUCGUGCAUGCAACCACCCAAGCAAAGAAAAAUGCUAGCCAUUUACCUGCAUCAUGACAACAGCGUUCUCACUAAUGUAUUUUGUACCCAAGCCCUCUGUGCAGACUCGGUGGUCGCAUUUUUAAACGAGAACUUCGUUACCUUUGGCUGGGAUCUGACCUUUAGUUCGAACAAAAAAAGAGCCCUGGACAUGAUCACAAACCAUUUCGGCAGUGUGACCGCUGCCACUGUCAGAAAUCUAGACAUUGAACGCUUGCCUCUCCUAGCUUUGGUAUACAAGCUCCGGGGAACCACCGAGAUCUUUCAGAUCAUCCACGGGAACGUGACCCUCGACGAGCUCAUGUCGCAACUCCUUCAGGCACAUGACACCUACUUCGCUCAAUUGGCUGUGGAAAUCCGAGAAGAAGAGGAGCGACAAGCUCGAGAUGCUGUCAAGCGGGAACAAGACUUGGCCUUCGAAAUGGCCCAACACGCUGACCGGGAGAAGGAGCUCGUGAAACAACGCGAAGAGGAGGAUCGCUUGGAAGAGGAGCGAAUUCAGGAAGCCAUUCGCCGGUCGGAAGAAGAGGCGCGACUCAAGGAGGAAGCCGAAAAGGAGCGCGUCCGGAAGGAGGUAGCCAAAACAGUGCCCGAAGAGCCACCACUAGAUGCAAAGCACACGAAGAUCAGAUUUCGAAUCCCCGGUGACAACUCGAACUUGGAGCGGCGAUUUCUCCCCUCGGACAGCCUUCAGACCCUUUUGGAUUUCCUCACCUCCAAAGGGUUCAACUCGGACGAAUUCAAGGUGUUGAGUAGUUGGCCUCGUCGGGAUUUGACCAGUCUAGAGCGGACCUCGUCUUUAGAAGAGCUCAAGCUUUGCCCGCAAGAGACGCUCACUCUUGAAGAGCGAUGAGAGACUCUAUUGAUCAAUCCAUCAAUCAAUCCAACCGUUUGUGAUAUCUCUCCCUUGUUCUCGACGAGAAGAUUUUUUCUGCUAUGCUCGUUAUGUAAAUUGUUCUCUGAUUUUGAGGAGGGCUCGAGCUGUUUUCAUAUCGUGAUAAUUGACUUCCCAAGAAUUGAACGAGUAAAGAGAGAUGGUACGGAAA